AUGGCUCAUACCGAUCAUCAGUUGUCCCUUGAUGACGACAUAACUUCGACAAAAUCUUUGGUAGAUGCCUACCAGCCACCCAUCAUCCCUGCCGUUUCCAUGAGCCCUGGAAGUUGUCUUGUCCAGGCAAAGAAUGGUGUGUGGUGUCGCGCCAGAGCAAGCAUCACCACCCACCUCAGUCGUCCUACGGCUUUUGGAAUCACUAAAAUCUUCGCUACGAGACUUGGGUACUCGAUCAGGCGUCUUCCGAACAAUAAAAGACUACAACACAUGCAUAAGAUGGGCCUGAUGAAGUGCCGUGGAACUAUUAGGCUGUCUAUUAAGACAACCAACGGAGACCUAAAGAUAGAGGAUGUUAACGUCUGGGAUGGACCAAGGGGAGACUUUGACUGCAUGGUCGAUUCCGGUGCUGCUAAAGAGUACAUCAUGCCUGAACAUGCUCAAGCGAUACUCGACCCACGACAGGCUCUGAUUAGCGAAAGGCUUGUGGAAUCCAACAGCUCGUCGGCAUUAAAAAGCUUGCCAGAGGAACACACCCAACAAAACCUCUGGCGCCACCUUGAGCCUGCCGGGUUACGUACCGGUGAUAGCACCACUGAAAACACAGAAAACAUAGGAAGAGCCUCUGAAAUAGAAGUCAAGGUGGCCUUUACAGACUCCGGAUACGCAUCUGCACCAAAUCUCAAUGGAUAUUCACUCAUGGAAUCCUUGACCAAGAAACGGGCAUGCGCCGCUUCUAGUUUAUCUCUAACCGCGAGGAAUGACGCCGACAACUACGGAACUAUGACGGUAUUCUCUGCUGGGACACAGAGUACUGUUGCGCCUACCCGAGUUCAAAAUUUCAUUGCAGAGAUUUGCAACGACAUUUAUGAUCAAUUGGGGGACGUUGUCGAUGCCAACACAUGGCCUCUGAUAUCUCAAAAGCUCCCGAACCUGAUAAAAGCUUUCGCUGUCAAGCUGGGUAAUGACUCCGCUGCGCAAGUGAAUCGAGAGAUAAUGUAUUUCAUCUACAAACGACACGGAGCGGUAGCUGCGCGACUUGAUGAGAUGGUCAGUCAUGAUAUUGAUGUUCAAUGCCGAAAUGUCCCUGAUGGAUUAUCACUGCUUGACAAGAUGGCUUUAUGGCUUAGCAAAGAGGACGAAGACCGCACACAUGCGACUACAGGCGAGGAUUACUUUGAAGGAGUCGGUGACGACGAAGAUGACUCCGUUGAAGAAAUCCAUUUGCCCAUGUAUCGCAAGGUCAUGUCCGAAAGCCAGGCCUACCAAUGGCUCCUUAGUGCUUUGAGAAACGAAGCUCUUCUACAGGGGGAAGGGUCACGUCCGCACAUGAGGACAGAGAGUGUGUGCCGCAGACUUCUCGAGAAGCUACCGACCGGAACCAUCAGCAAGCGACAUUCUCCUAGCUCUCAUGAAGUGACCUUCGUCCUUUACUGGGAUCAAAGCAUGAAACUUCGUCAAGAUGUUCCACUUUCGGCGUGGCCGGCUAAGUCGUUUGGGAGCUUUGUUGUAUUGACGGGGUCACCGAUGAAGGCGCAAGCACUCACUAUAUCGCAGUAUAUGCGUCAAACAUGGCCGACUACUGGAGCUCACAUGCUUGAUUUGGUAGGAAAGGUGAUUGCUUGUCCCAAAAGCGCCGAGCUGCCGACCAAGAGCCCUAUUGUUGCAAGGAUCUCUGGAUCCAGUCUUGAAAUUACAGCUACUGGACCGGCAUACUUCAUUGCGGAAUGUGGCGAACAGAUUGCCUGGCUAGCGGCUGUUCUUGCAAGCAGCAGUCGAGAUGCUACCGGCCACUAUACGCCCUCAAUUGAGAACAUCGAUGUCCGGCUCGCACCUUCGCCCUAUUCGGGAUACCGUGGCGGAUGUGAUGUUGUGUUACAUAUCACUCUUAUGAACGGAUUCGAGAGCUUUCUGCCAGGGAUACAGAAUUCAUGGCAAGCUGUGGUUGGAAGAUACACCCUUAUUGAAGGAUUCCCCAUCUCUCGGCGACUGGAGGGAUACCCCGGCCUAGAGGUUUCCUGGAACAUGCUUUUGUACCUGAUGCAAGCUCAAGCGCCUUGCAUACUUGGAGAGCAUAUUUCGAUCAAGGGACCAGAAAAGACGGUAAAAUUGGCGAAGCAGACUGGCAAUUUCUGUCUUUGGCACCCAGUUCACUUCACGACCCAUGGCUGUUUCUGUGAUCAGAUUUUCACUGGAGGAGACAUUUCGAGCCUAGAGUCGAAACGCCACAUUCUCGGGAGUUGCAUUCGCGAGGAGUACCAAAUUCCGCAAAACAUCAGGGAUGACCCCCUUUCCCCACAGAUCAGCUCACCUGAGCAUGGAGUUGACAACACUAUUGAGAGAAAUUCUCAUCACGCAGGAGAUUUUCAGUCUCAGUCUAUUGAAGAGAUUGCACGAGACGAGAGCAUCUUCCGCCUUCCCACUAGUCAACAUGAGGACAUUGUUCGAAGUCGCUCAUCUUGCCACGAGAUCGAACAUCGAGUCUCCGAUGGUUGCCUGCCUACUACUGAGAUGGAACUCGCAGACGACCAUGGGUAUUUCGAAUUUGUGGAACCGAUGGAAUCUGGAGAUGAAAGUUUCGAUACAGACCAACUUUCAAUAUCGGAUGCUUCUGACGAUGCUCUACCACUGAACACCAACGAGCCAUUAUACCCCAUGCUUAUCAGCGUUCUUGACCGGCUUUUCUUGGGAUUCCGCUCAUUGACACAGCGUUCGCCGGGUGCCGGCGCAAUUACUCAACGAUCGAACACAUCGACGCAAGCGUCUAGGACCUCAAGCAGCAGUUCCAGCGGCGCUCCCAGUCAGAUCCAUCUGAAGAGGAAGGUGGGAAAACAUGACGGGGAUGAUGGUGACCAAGACGAUUCUCAGAGACCUCCGCGAAAGAUCAUUCGCCGCAAUUCGAGCCCAGAUCGCAAGAAGGUGCUUGCAUGUCCGUACUUCAAGAAAGACCCAAAGAAACACGGACAGUGCGGCAAAAGACUACUGAAAAGGAUUCGAGACGUUAAGCAACACCUAACAAGGGUGCACACCAGCGCGCGAUACUGCCAGCGCUGCCACGUCACUUUUAAGGAUGAUGAAAGUAUGAACGCGCACAUCUACCAAUGUAACCGUCAAGACUCCUCCUCCGCAUCAGAGGUGAUAUCAUAUCAACAACACCUGGAGCUUACGAAAAAGUCCAAAUCGAGCCUCAGCGAACCAUGCCAGUGGUUUGUCAUCUGGGAUAUUCUGUUCCCCAAGUGUCGAAGGCCAAUCUCAGCGUAUAUUGACCCAGACCUUUCGGCGGAUCUGAGUGGCUUCCUCGAGUACUGUGAAAUCUACGGUCCGGCCAUGUUAACACAAAUGGCACUGUCGAUCACGGAUUUAGUACGGAGUGAAGCCAGCGAAGACUCGCGAGAGGAGCAGUUGCGUCGAAUAAGUAAUGAGGGCAUGGGUCGCCUGGUUGAGGCUUGGACUUCUCGUCAGUCUGCCGACUCACAAUCGUCGAGUGACCAGAGAACUCCACGGAUAGAAGAAGAAACGCCGCAGAGCUCUGUUGACAGUGCGGUUGUUCUGGGGAGCCAGGCUUUGACUCUGGAAGUCGACUCCCAAAGUAGUGGAAUCGCUCAAUCUUCCAGUAUUCCUGGGCCAAUAUAUCCGCCAACAGAAACAGUGGCCACAGCGGAAGUUAAAACCCAUCUGCCGCCGGAAGAUAUCGCCACGGAAGUACCUCAACUGAAUGAUGAGCAUUUGGCUCCAUUUACUGUCACUGAAGAUCAACAGACUCUGGGACACCACCAGGGCGACGUCAACGACGGUAGUUUCGAGAUCGACUGGGCAACGGUGGAUUUAGAUAAAUUGCCAGAUCCCUUGGACUUUGGAGAUUCAACCCGGCUUGGUGACAACUGGUGGCCAAGCAUGGGAGGAUGA